CUCUAAUUUUUAAUAGACGAUUUCUAUCUCGUUUUAAGUUAAUUUUUUUUUUGCACAAAUAGAUCAAAUUAAUUGUGCUCUUGAAAAAUGAUAUCCACUUUGAUAUAUUUUUGGAACAAAAAAUAUUGAGGUUUUUAUCAGUCAAUACCAUAUGGUAUGGACUGGUAUUCAUACAAUCAUACUAUAUAGUAUGUUCGCGUACCAAGAAACCAAUCCACAUACUAGGGUGGUAUAGUAUGGUCCCGUGUUUUUCUUACACCCAGAAAUUUGUAGAUCUCAUAUAUCAUGAUGAACUCAUUCCUUCUCUGCAAAAAAUUUCGAAAAUGACUUAAAAACGAAGGAGAUAUCAUAUGAUAUGGAGUUGAUAACGAGAGGUAUGGAUUUUUCUCAAAAAUAUUGAAAAUGAAUAUCAUUUUGUAGAGCACAACGAACUUGUUCCAUAUGUGAAAAAAAAUGAAAUCAAAAUUAAAACGAAAAAAAUACUAAAAAAUUAAAAAUACUAAAAAAUAUAUUUAAUUCUCCACCUUUAUAUAUGGAUUUUCUGACAUAUUGCAAGGCACAUAAGCAAGUAGCCGAGAAAACCAGCCACGGAGACCAUCAUAUCAUCCAACCAAGUUAUUUCUAUUUCUAUUUCCAUUUCUUUCAUCCUUUGAUGGGAAAAUUAAUUUUGGUGUCUUCUUCCUCCUAAUGUUCAACUCAAAACACAUUCAAAAGGAGUAGACUUGUCUUCCCGAUUUUUCUGCUUCUCCUCCGCUGAGCUCAGUCGAAAAGAUUACUGUGUUCCUCAGGUACAAGUACUUCACUUAUGCCUUCCGAAGUUGUUCAAUUUCCCUCCGAUUUAAGUUUUAUUUGUUUUGGGUGUCUGCUACUGGCGAAGAGAUCACUGAUUCCAUCUGGCUCAGGCCUCUGUCCCUCCCGUGAAGAUUGGAUUGGAAGUGAAAUUUAGGGUAUUUGGAGAAUUUUUUGUGUCACUUGAAAUCAUUGAAUUGGGAUUGUCGGGUUAGUUAGAUUUACAGCUCAGCGAGGCUUGAUCUGCUUCGCUCUGGUUGACCGAUGUUUUUAGUUUGAAUUUCGCCUUGUGAUUUGUAGUUCAACCUGGCUAGGGAGCUGAAUGAAGACGGUGGGAUGUAAAAAAUCUUUGACUUGAGUGAAUGAUCAGCUUGUUUUUCUCUAAUUCGUUGUGAUCAGCUUUUGCUUUCUUGGGGUCUUUUUCCCAAGGAAGUUGAAUAAUUUCCAUCCUGAGUUUAACUUGGUCUGUGCAUUUUGUCAAGUCAAAUUGAUGUCAUAGUCAUAGCCAUGGAGGAGUGAGCUCGCAGCUCUACUCUGUAGUCAAAUUUCGUUCCUAUCAGCUUAACAGGAGACUUACGAGCAGAGGCUUAUUUUUCUGUUACAGUAGAGAUGUCAUCUUGCGUGGGAAGUUUCUGCUCAUCCACGGAUCUGCUUUUGUACUGAUAUGGCAUUCCUCAAAGUCUCACGUUGCUGGUUUGCUUAACCUUGAUGGAAAGGAAUCUGGGCAAGGCUGUGAUGGAUCAAAAGAACUACGAGCAAGCUCGAUAUAGUAAUGACGAGACUAGAAAUGAGGGACCUAGUUCCACCAGCCAAAGGUUUUUGCAUGACCCAUCGACCAACAUUAACACUAACUUGCGCCCUCCUGAUUAUAAUGUGUCAAUAAGAGCCAGACCUGUACUGAAUUACUCCAUCCAGACGGGUGAGGAGUUUGCCCUGGAAUUUAUGCGGGAGAGGGUGAAUCCCCAGCAGCACUUCCUUCCAAAUUCAAAUGGAGAUCCUAGUGGCGGAUCUGGCUACAUGGAUUUGAAGGGUAUGCUUGGAAUGUCUAAUGCGGGGUCAGAAAUUGGGUCAGAUAUCGCAAUGAUCAACAGUGUGGAAAAAGGGCGCACCCAGGACUUCGAAAGGAAGGUUGUUCCCCCACAGGAGCACGAUUCCGUGCGAUCAGUGCCAAGAACCUCAUCAAGAAAUGACACUAGGCGAGAAAAUCAGGGUUAUACUUCGUCAAGGCCAUCAGAUAGUUCAUCUGUUAAGGUGAAGUUUCUCUGCAGCUUCGGUGGUACCAUCUUGCCCCGCCCAAGUGAUGGAAAGCUUAGAUAUGUUGGAGGUGAAACACGCAUAAUACGGAUAAGCAAGGAUAUUUCUUGGCAAGAGCUAGUGCGGAAGACUUUGGCCAUUUGCAACCAACCUCACACGAUAAAGUACCAGCUUCCAGGUGAAGAUCUUGAUGCACUGGUUUCAGUGUCAUGUGAUGAGGAUCUUCAGAACAUGAUGGAGGAAUUUAGUGUACUAGAUGACGGAGGUUCACAGAAACCCAGGAUGUUUAUAUUUUCCAGCAAUGACCUGGAGGAUGGAACAUGUGGACUGGGAAGUGUGGACUGUGAUUCUGAGAUACAAUAUGUUGUUGCUGUGAACGGUAUGGAUUUUGGUUCAAGGAAAAGCUCCAUCAAUUUAGCGAGUGCAUCUGGAAACAACUUGGAUGAGUUGCUUAGUCUCAAUAUUGAAAGGGAGAAUAGUCGAGUUGCAGCCGAAACAUCCAUUGCUACCAUAUUGCCUUCGGCAGUUACACAGACUCCUUCGACUAUUCAAUCUUCUCAACCGGGGACUUUAACUUCAUCCAUUCCUUCUUCACAACCUUAUCAGGGACUUAAUACGCGUCAUUUGGAUGCCGGCCAGUACCCAAUAAAUUCAACUCGACCUGCGGGGAGCUUGCAACAACUGGAUGGAAAGGGUUCUAACACCUCUAAUGCAAAGAAAUAUGCUAUUGUUACCGACCCUUCUGGCUAUGGAACAUCUGGAGAGACUUUGAUGCCUGCGCCUCUCCUUGGGCAUCCUUCUCAAAAAGGUGGUUUGGCUGAGGAGACGAUACAGGGUGGCGCUCGUGUGCAAAAUGCAGAAGCAUCUAUCAAGGAUAGCAAACUGAGAAGAGAUAGCUCUAGCCAGAAGAUACACGAGUUAGAUAAAAUACAAAAUAUGGAUAAAGAUGCACCAAAGGAGCUGAAGAUGAAACGUGAUGGCUCACUCCAUAAGGUAAAUGAAGCUGUGUCUAUACCAAAUAAUGUUCAGAAAGAGGAAGCUGCAGUCUCCAAUCCUACAACAGAUGUAGGUUUGCUUGUCUUACCUACAAAAAGUAAUUCAAGACCUCAGGAAGGUGUACUAAAUCCUAAGAAUUUGGUUGAAGGAAAGAAGAAUGCAGGGGAUGAUCGAUUUUCAUCUGGUGGUUCCUUUGCCCCUCAGUCUGAGGCUGAUCUGACAGACUUUAGCUACCCUGAACAGCCUGUGGUUCCUCAACCAGUCUUUCACUCAGAGCGAUUUCCCAGAGAGCAGGCAGAAUUACAUCGCCUGUCAAAAUCUGAAGAUUCAUUUGAUCCACAGGUUCUAAUGAAUCAGGCACGUUCUGGUGUUUCUCAACUAGUCAAUGAAUCAAUUGAUAAGUUACAUGAUUCACCAGCAAAUCUCCUGCCUGAACAGUCCCUCCCAUCUGCAAAAGGGCAUCACGUAAAUCCUCAGACCAUUGAGGAUGGAUUGGCUCGGUUUGAGAAGUACAAGGAAUUGGCUGAUAAUAUGAGUAAACCCAGUUCUCAUGUUCCCCAAGUGAAGGAGUCAAAGUUGCAGAAGUCUGACUCUAGGCAUGUGUUGUUUAAUAGCACUGACAAUUCAGAAACUGCACAGACGAAAGCCAAAAAGGAAGGUUCGGGAUUGAUGCAUUCAGCCGCUAGUGAGAUUCCAGGACCUUCCAGCAAGCACCUGGAGAGUUCUGCUAUAAGGUCAUCAGAAUUUGAUCAGUCUGAGAUAGCCGGAAAUAAGAAUAUUGGCAGCAGUGCCAAGGGACACAUGCAGCUGCCCAAACAACAGAUAGAGAACCCAGGGGGAGCUGUUUCUAUUGUGAAGUCUGCUAUCAUUGGUACUCCUGAGCAGAUAACUAUUGAUAUCAAUGAGCGUUUUUCUCGUGAUUUUUUAUCUGAUAUAUUUUCACAAGCCAAGAUCCAUGAAAACAGCUCUACCAUUGGCCCAAUGCAUGUUGAUGGAGCUGGGUUGAGUUUGAACAUGGAGAAUCUUGACCCAAAACGAUGGUCAUACUUUCGCAACUUGGCGCAGAAUCAAUUUGUGAGGAAGGAUGUAUCGCUUAUGGAUCAAGAUCAUCCUGGCUUUCCCCCCUCUAUGACAACUGUUGAAGGGAGCACGCCUCUUGAUUACAGCUAUCCACCUUUUAAAUCUGAUGGCAUUUCCGUGUCGAAAACGGACUCACCCAUUAACUUUGAUGAAGACAUUCAACAACAGAGAUCCGGUGUGGCUGGGACUCAAACACUGGACUACAGCCAUUCUCAGCUGAAAGGCCAGGAGAGCGUACAGUUGGAUGGAAUCAACUCGAGGAUUCCAGAAUCUGAAUAUGAGGAUGGAAAGUCAGAUGUUAAUAAUACUGCUGGACUACUUCUUGAUAUUUCUCUUGGAGAUUUUGACAUCAGUACGCUACAGAUAAUUAAAAAUGAAGAUCUAGAAGAGUUGAGGGAAUUGGGUUCAGGAACUUUUGGGACAGUCUAUCAUGGAAAGUGGAGGGGAUCAGAUGUUGCCAUUAAGCGAAUAAAAAAGAGCUGUUUCACUGGCAGGUCAUCAGAGCAAGAAAGGCUGACAAUAGAGUUCUGGCGAGAAGCAGAUAUUCUGUCAAAACUUCAUCACCCCAAUGUCGUGGCAUUUUAUGGGGUGGUGCAGGAUGGACCAGGUGGAACAAUGGCCACUGUGACAGAGUACAUGGUGAAUGGCUCUCUUAGACACGUUCUGCUGAGCAAGGAGAGGCAUCUUGAUCGUCGUAAGAGGCUCAUUAUCGCUAUGGAUGCUGCAUUUGGAAUGGAAUACCUGCAUUCAAAGAACAUCGUGCACUUUGAUUUGAAAUGUGAUAACUUGCUUGUCAACUUGAAAGAUCCCCUGAGACCCAUUUGCAAGGUAGGUGACUUUGGUUUGUCGAAAAUCAAAAGGAACACCUUAGUUACUGGUGGUGUGAGGGGAACACUCCCGUGGAUGGCCCCAGAACUGCUGAAUGGGAGCAGCAGUAAAGUUUCUGAAAAGGUUGAUGUAUUUUCCUUUGGUAUUGUGCUGUGGGAAAUUCUUACCGGCGAGGAACCUUAUGCCAAUAUGCAUUAUGGAGCAAUUAUAGGAGGCAUUGUCAAUAACACACUGAGGCCUCCCGUACCAGGCUUCUGCGACCCAGAAUGGAAGUUGCUAAUGGAGCAAUGCUGGGCACCUGAUCCUUUGGCACGCCCAGCGUUCACAGAAAUUGCCAGACGAUUGCGUGUUAUGUCUGCCGUAGCAUCUCAAACCAGACAACAGAAUCAUCAGCCUCAGAACCAGGCACAUAAGUAGGGGGCUGUGCCUGCCCUCCCCUUGGUGGUGGGUCUAUUGUCAUCUUUGUGAUGGUAAAAGAAAGAGUUGGUUCACUUGUUUCGCCAUCUUGUGUCUAUAGUAUGAGCCAGGAUCGAUAAGGGGCGCCCUUGCCCGCCAAUUGUAAGGGUUGAAAAAAGAAAGGAGAGAUAUAUAAGAGAUUGGUAUAUGUGUGCAGAGAACUACUAUUUUUUUCUUGUCGAUAGGUAAUACUGAACUGCCUAAACAGUUGGAAUUGGUUUGUACAGCAGGGGAGAAUUCUGGGACCUCGUUUGUUCAUAGGGGGGGGGGGGGGGGGGGGGGGGGGGGGGGGGUGGGUCUUUUAAAUGUAAUUUUUUUGUUGGUGUGAGUGUGUGAUCAUAAAGUUUAUAAACACGUCUUCUGUCAUUCUCAAAGCUUAUUAUUUUUCAAUUUUCAGUUGAGUUCAUACAGUUGAUGUACUCAAUGAUCAUACUCUUUUUUUUUUUUUUUGGGUAGAAAAUGAUCAUACGUUUAUUUGGCUUCAAUGGAUCAGUUAGUGAGCUUUAAUACAUAGCAAACACUCAUUUAUUAGGAUCUCAACUCGGACCUUUCGGUGGAUUUAACUUCUGACUAAGCCAGCUAGUAAAGCUAUCAAAGGAAUUGAUGUUUAGAAUCUCGUCGUUGUGCGAUUAGUCAAGCUAUAUCUCUAACUCAUUUGUUAUUGAGCUCUUAGAUUUCUAAGAUGCUUUUCGUUGGUGUUUGUUUCUUUGUUUUAGUUUUAUUAUUAGUUUGUGGUGAUGAGCAGGUGGACAUUCCGAUGGUUUGUCGGUUUUUAUGAUUAUAUUUUUUAUGAUUAUAUUGAUGAUGCUUUAAUCAUUCAGCUUCUAGCACUUGGUGAUGCUCUGAGAUGCUGCCUCUCUCAUCCAAUAAUUAAUGUUUUAUUAUGUGGUAACUCGCAAGUGAUCAUCUGCAUGGUUAACUUGAAGGAUUCAGAGCAUGCGUUGGGUGGAAGCCUCCUUUUUGGUGUCCAGGUUUUACUUUCUGGGAUACCUCUUGUUGGGCCCACAGUUGAGCGGUACUGGAUCCUAGGCCCGUAAGAAUAGUAAGUGAGACCCAAUUGGGGACCCAGUGGGACAGCGCCCACGGGAAAAGGCACACCAGGCAGUCGCUAGUGAUGUGACAGUGUAGGCCGCCUGACAUAAAGCGAUAAUUGUGACAGAGGAAGGGGAUCUCCUAAAGAUACUCACCUCGAAGCAAGCAGGACUGAACAACGCCUACGAUGCGCAUUUAAUGACUUAAGCUCUACUGAGCUGAGGAUACCUUCAUACCAGCAUUGAUGGUAACUCAACUACUUCCUCUCUCAGUAAAUACAAACAUGCAUUCUCACUUCUCUCUCUAACUUAAACAUCGGAGAGUAUCCUAGGCAACCGCCCACGGACCCUUGUUUUGCAGGGGUCAGGAGUGCACCCAACAUCCAGAACAGGCCAUAUGUAGAUAAGCUUUGAUCUACCAGACAUACGUAGACCUCCUUUGAUCCGCCAAACUUACAUGGAUUUCUACGGGAUCUACCAAACAUAUGCAAAUCUCAAAUCCUAAGGAAAAUGAAGGUCCACCAAACUGAUUUCCAUCGCCAGACACCUAACCAGACUCUCAUACCACUUGUCGAAAUUGGGCAGCUCCAUUAUAGGAUAUUUUCCGCUCUAUGCCAACCAUGCACGAUUUUACUUUUUGGGUAUCCUUUCUAUAAGGUCUCAUACUAAUGAGCUUGGUGGACACUAAUAUACAAGGUCUUUUUCC